ACCAGCUCAGUAUGGAAACUAUCUGUCUGUGGCAGCAGAGAGUUCAGUCCAGUUUCAUUUCCCCGAGGUGAAGGCAGGAGGAUCUCGUUCCUUACGCUUCAGGAAGAAGAUCAAGAUCAGGAUGCUGUAGGUGGACAGAAGAUUAUUAAUUAUACCUUUCUUUCUUUUUCGCAAAUUACUGCUUUGUCAGAACAAAAUGUAGAAGGAUUUCAAAAAAAGCUGGCAGAGUUUCUGAAUUUUAAACAAUUAAAGACAUCUUUGAAGGAAGCUAUUCUGCUAGAUUAUUAUACUGCAGGAUUUUGUUGGGCAAAAGAAAUGAAUUUCAGUCUUAUACAGCUGUCACAAUACAUGGGUCUCUUAAACUUCCUGUUGGAGAACCUCAGUGACAAACAUAUGACCUUAGAAGAUAACAUAAAGGAACUUGGAAGAGCAAUGGCUGGAAUAGGAGUAACUGAUUCAGAAAGAAGUGGUGACUUGGAUGUCUUCAGCAUUGACCAAGCCAAAGCAAUCAUUGAUUACAUGAAUAUCAGCUUAUUUCGACUCUAUAAAUUGUAUGAACAUAUCUUCCACAGUCCUAGAGAGGAAUAUGUGAUAAGUAAUGAGGUAAAUCAUUUAUAUAGAUGGAAUUCAUUAUGUAGAGUUAUUUAAUGAAUGCACUCUGGCAUAUGUUUUGUAUUGCUCAAAGCAACAUCAUGUCAACAUUACUUCAUUACU